UCUGUUCGGUGAGAAAUGUCAGUAAGUCGUUUCAAAUGGUACUGGUUUUUUGCCUCACCGAACGCGGCACAGCAAAAAUUAAUAACAGUUGUUACUGCCAUCAGCUCACCGAACAAGACUAUUUUCCAGUAAACAAACCAACAGCUGAUUUAUUUAUAAUUUGGAAAGGUAACAAAAUUACGCUGGGUUGAUGCGCCGCUCCUUAAAUACAUUUUCAAGUGUAAUGUCCAAAAAUAAAAGCAAAAAGUCCACGUCCACCACGGUUCUGAGUGAAAAAGCAUCAAAUGAUGGUCCAGUACAAACUGAUAAAAGCGGCAAUAUAUGUAUACGCAUACUUGCAAAGCCUGGUGCCAAAAUGAAUGGUAUAACAGAUAUUGGAAGUGAAGGUGUUGGUGUACAAAUAGCGGCGCCACCGACAGAAGGAGAAGCAAAUGCAGAGCUCGUGAAAUACCUCUCUAAAGUACUAGGGUUACGCAAAAGUGAUGUAUCGCUGGACAAAGGAUCGCGAUCACGUAAUAAACUAGUUAUGAUUAGUAAAGGUGUUACUACCACAGAGAAUGUGACCGCUGCUCUACAAAAAGAGUGUGAGACGUAAGAAGUAUAUAAGAGAUUUCUUUGCAUUUAAGUAAAAUAAAUUAAUAGUCAGAAUUUAAUUUUGCUCCAUAUUGACAUAGUUUUAUUUUAUAAAAUUAUAUUUUGUAUGGUAAAAAAGCUUAAUAAAUCUUAAGACUAAGAUCUGAAGAAAUAUUUCACCAUGUAAAUACUCUUAGUGAAUAAAGUUUUUACAGCGUACGAACAUUAAUUGCAACAAUCACUGUCAUAAGCAUCAUCUUUUAUCCAACCGAAUAAAAAAUAUCCAAAUGCUAAACCC